GCCUACCUCUUGCUUGUUCUUCCUCUCUUGACAGAUUCUUCACCAAUUCCUUCUAUUCUUCCGACCAAGAUACAAGUUGAGAUCAUCCCCGUGCUCCCAUUUUGGGCGCUGAUCGCUUUGGGAGCAUACCUUUUGGGACGACUUGGCCUCGGCGUCCUACAGUUCAAUGAUACCAAGGAGGCAUACACGGAAAUCACUGUACAGUUGGAACAGGCACGAAAGGAUUUGGACAAGAGAAAGGUGCGCUGGGACUGA